UUUGGAAGAAUGGCGGGCAGUUGGUCGCCGGGUUGCAAAGGUUGCUCUUCUACUAGCUGUACGUGUGGCGGCGACAAGGGCAAGUGGGGCGACUCCUCCCUGUUAGGCAGGCGGCUCUCGGAGGACUCGGACCGUCACCAGCUGCUGCAGAAGUGGGCCAGCAUUUGGACCUCCUUGAGCGGGGACCCGUCGGUGGCCUGUGCAGAGAGGACGCGGCGCGAGGAGGCUGUGGAGCCGGCCGAGGAGGAGGACAGGCCGCUGGUGUUUCUGUGCUCCGGCUGCCGGCGACCGCUGGGCGACUCCUUGAGCUGGGUGACGAGCCAGGAGGACACCAACUGCAUCUUGCUGCGCUGUGUUUCCUGUAAUGUUUCUGUGGAUAAGGAACAGAUACUGUCCAAACGUAAAAAUGAAAAUGGUUGUGUUCUGGAGACGUUGUACUGCUCUGGGUGCUCGCUCAACCUCGGUCACAUCUACAGAUGCACACCCAAAAGCCUAGAUUACAAGAGAGACUUGUUUUGCCUCAGGGUUGAAGCCAUUGAAAGUUAUAUUUUAGGGUCCUCGGAAAAGCAAAUCGUGUCAGAAGAUAAAGAACUUUUUAAUCUUGAAAGCAGAGUUGAAAUAGAAAAGUCUCUAAAGCAGAUGGAAGAUGUUUUGAAAGCAUUACAAGCGAAGCUGUGGGAGGUUGAAUCAAAGUUGUCCUUUACCAGCUGCAAAAGCUGAAAUGUCUUCCACGUGCCCCAUUCUGGACUCCCUGCAGGUAGAUGCUUUCUUUUGUAGCAAUUCUAGUCAUUCGAUUUCGCUCGGAAUGGAAAGAAUUCUAAAUGGCCGUAUGAAUACAGCGCACCCUCUUGUAUUGAUCAGAUGAGAAGAAUUGUAGCAUUACUUUUAGGAUACAUUCUUUCCCAAAGUCAAAAUUUAAAGCCGUUUUAUGAUACUUGCUGAAAUUGGAAUUUUGGAGUUUUUAUUUUGAUAAACUGCUAUGAUUUUCUGUACUGUUUUCUCCUUUGUAUCAAAUUCAUCAUUGUUCAUUUCCUUUCUUAAGAAAAACUUACUCACCUUGAAUACUUUGGGAAAUAUUUGAUAUUGAAGGACAAGAAAAUCUUGGAGGUUUUUCCACCCACUGUGUGAGAGAAUCUUUGAAGACUAAUGCAUAAAGCUCUGAA